AAUUGAUUCUCUCUCUUUUUGGAGCGUGUGGUUAAAGCGCAACCGCUAGAAACAUGUGGAGACGAUCCGCUUCUUUCGUUCUCGAGAAGUACCAGCUUCCUUCUUCUCCAAUGGAAUCCCCCAAGAGCCCUCAAAGCCCUAACCCUAACCCUAUUCCUAACCUUAACUCUACCCAUGGGAUCUCCGCUUACUACCAGACGAGGGCGGAGCACCAUGGCGUCGUCACCAGUGACUGGCUUGCACAGGCUCAGGCUGCUGUCGAACCACCGUCGCCGCCUUCAGAGAGGACCUCUCCUGGCUCUGGAAAACCGUUUAGCGUCAUCGAGGAAUUCAACUACUGGCGUAAGAAGCCUGACCUCGCUGAGGCUGUUGCCGCCAUCAUGGCCCUCGCCGCCGUGAUCCGGUCUAGCAACGGAAGUACCAUGAUGGAGCUCGAGAUCGAGCUCAAGACGGCUUCGGAUGCUCUCAAGAAAGGUGACAAAUCAUCAAUAUCCUUGUCUGCUGGCUGUGAUUUGUUCAUGCGGUAUGUGACUAGGACUUCUGCAUUAGAGUAUGAGGACUUUGAUGCUGCAAAGCUCCGUUUGAUUGAGCGUGCAGAAAGAUUUGGGGAGAUCUCUUUGAAGGCACGUCGAACCAUUGCUAUGCUUAGUCAAGAUUUUAUAUUCGAUGGUUGUACCAUACUAGUUCAUGGUUUCUCAAGAGUUGUGUUGGAAGUACUGAAGCUAGCAGCUUCUAAUAGGAAACUAUUCCGAGUGUUCUGUACAGAGGGAAGACCAGACAGGACAGGACUGCGUUUAUCAAAUGAACUUGCAGCCCUGGGCAUACCCGUUAAGCUUCUCAUUGAUUCUGCAGUGGCUUAUACCAUGGAUGAGGUUGACAUGAUAUUUGUCGGGGCGGAUGGUGUUGUGGAGAGUGGAGGAAUUCUCAAUAUGAUGGGAACAUAUCAAAUCGCAUUAGUAGCUCAUAGCAUGAAUAAGCCUGUCUAUGUUGCGGCAGAAAGUUACAAGUUUGCCCGAUUGUAUCCACUGGAUCAGAAAGACCUAGAGCCGGCAAUCCGCCCAAUUGAUUUUGGUGUUCCCAUUCCUUCGGGUGUCGAGGUCGAGGAAUGUGCAAGGGACUAUACUCCUCCUCAGUAUCUUACACUUCUCUUCACAGAUCUAGGUGUUCUCACACCAUCUGUUGUUAGCGAUGAGCUUAUUCGACUGUACUUAUAGCUGUGAAACCAGCAUUUGGCAAUUUAGGGAUCUCAAAAUAAUGGAGAAGAUUUUGUGAGAAUUAUUUUUCGCGGUUUAUCUGGUUUUGUUUUGAGAUUAUUGUAAUUGAGCUCUUAUAAAUUAACCAUUGUGAGAACUGCGAAGUGGAUGUUUUUCAAA